AUGAGAGAUGAGUAUUUGAGAGUGAAUUUGCCAGAACAAGAUGUGACCUCCCUGAUGGAUGGCAGACAGGAGAAAGGUCCUUUGAGUACCAUUUUCUUCAGAAAGCUCCGCUUUGCAAGAGCCCCAGCAGGGAGCUUGGACAUAUCAUCUCCUCGGUAUUGUAGUAUCCCUGAGGACAAAGGCAAGAAAUAUGCUGCUAAAGUAUCUUUAGUCGAUCUCGUUUCAGUCCAUCAGCCUAUACAGGUCUCGGGCAUGCGUGACGAUGUUCCACUCACGGUUGCAGCGGUCAAUCACUAUCGCCAUCCCAACGUCUUUGAGAUACAGGAUGAUAAGCUUGCCAAGUUCUCUGACAACUCCUUGUUGGCGAAAGUUCCAUCGCUGGAAGCAGCAUUGGAAAAGCGAUUCGGAGGAGGAUGGAAAGGCUUUCUCGAGAGGAUGCGCGCAGCACCGGAACCGACAAAUUGGAGUUGUCCUGAAUUUAGCUUGAAAGCCAACGGCCCUCCAGUGUGGGAGAAGGGGGAAGUCUAUUUCCCACUCCUUCCAGAAUCCAUGGAGUGGUGA